AAGCUGAGGUAAUGUUCAUCGUUUUGAUUUUGACAAGCACAUCGUGUGUGACCUGUACAGCUCUUUGUCGAAGAACAAUCUACAGGAAAUUUAAGUUAGAUGCACUGCCUCAUUGAACGUUUCCCAUCAAAUAAAAGUCUGCAGGAAGUAAAUUUAAGAAUGAAAUCUAUCUCAUAGUCCCUUUGGUGCAGUCUUUUUUGAGAUUCAUUCUAAAGAACUGAGAAUUAAGCUUCAAGACAUUAUGGCAUUCCUGUAGUUUAAUGUUUGGGAUUGUAAUUUUUGAAUAUAUGUUAUGUUAAAGGAGAUGUGGAGGCGGGCUGUUUUUUCCUCCUUUAAGCAUUUAAUCAUAAUCAAUCUCUUGAUAUGGAGAUUGUUGGGGAGGAACGCUGGAGUGGAGACUAAAGCCUUUGAUUGAUCCACCUGAAAGAAUCAGGCUGCAACAGUGGGAAAGCAACUGAAUGGCACAAGGUGAUUGGAAGAAAAGCAUCAUCUGCCACAGUCUUUCACAUUUAAAUGUAAAAACUGAAUAUUUUCAGGAUUUCUGGACAGAAUGAGGAUGCUGAAGAGAGCCUCUGCACUCAUCCUGAGAAGAGGAAUUACAACUUUUAAGAGCAGAUUGUGCAAAAAUGACAGCCUCUUCAGAGUUCAUCCAUCUGUAUCACAGGCAGUGGCAGAAAACAAACCAGUGGUUGCACUGGAGAGCACCAUCAUCACGCAUGGCAUGCCCUAUCCACACAACCUGAGCACAGCGAAGGAGGUGGAGGCCAUUGUGAGAGCCGAAGGAGCCACCCCAGCCACGGUGGGAGUGAUUGAGGGUGAGGUCCGUGUUGGUCUGUCGUCAGAGGAGCUGGACCACCUCGCCCGCUGCCAGAGCUCCCUGAAGGUGUCCCGUCGUGAUCUGCCCUACGUCAUCAGCAAAGGUCUCUCCGGGGGAACGACGGUGUCAGCCACUAUGAUAGCAGCACAUCAAGCUGGCAUCCCUGUGUUCGUCACAGGAGGCAUUGGAGGAGUUCACAGAGAUGGAGAGAACAGUCUGGACAUCAGUGCAGAUCUGACAGAGCUCGGCAGGACUCCCAUUGCAGUGGUCUCUGCUGGUGUCAAGUCUAUUCUGGACAUCGGUCGCACCCUCGAAUAUCUUGAGACUCAGGGCGUCUGUGUCGCCACUUAUGGAGCACUGAAGAAUUUCCCAGCCUUCUUCUCUCCACAAAGUGGAUUCACUUCUCCAUACCAAGUCUGCGACCCUGAGGAGGCUGCAGAACUCAUCGCAAGCUGUCUGUCACUGGGUCUCCAAAGUGGUGUCCUGUUAGCGGUGCCCAUCCCAGAGGAGCAUGCGGCAGCUGGGCAGCAGAUAGAGGAGGCCAUACAGGCUGCGGUGACAGAGGCAAGUGCUAAAGGUAUAAGAGGAAGAGAUGUGACGCCAUUCAUUCUUCAAAAGGUCAACGAUCUGACUAAAGGAAAGUCCCUUCAAGCCAACAUUGCUCUGAUUCAUAACAAUGCUAAAGUUGGCAGUCAGAUAGCAUGCGCGCUGUCAAAACAAAUGAAUGACAAAACGUCAAAGGGCAAGACUCAACCACAUGGAAAACACUCAUCACACCCCGAAUCAGAUAUUGUUGUCAUAGGAGGAAUAAAUGUUGAUUUUAUUGCUAAAGGAAAAACAAAAACACUUUUUGGACAGACCAACGUAGGAAGUGUCUGCCAGUCAUUUGGUGGAGUCGGUCGGAACGUUGCUGACUCUCUGAGUCGAUUAGGCCAUAGACCCCUGUUCAUCUCAGCCACCGGCGCUGAUUCUCACAGUGAUGCAGUGUUUAACCAUUGUAAACACAUGAACACAAGUGGUGUGGCCAGGCUAGAAGAGCAAAGCACAGCUACGUACUGUGUUGUUAUCUCUGAGAGUGGAGAAAUGAGUCUUGGACUGGGAGACAUGGACGUUCAUCAGCAAAUCACAGAGAAAUAUGUUUCACAGUUUGAGAAGCAGCUCUCGUCAGCCACUCUUGUGUGUCUCGAUGGAAACAUUCCCGUCUCCACCAUCGACUAUGUUUGUUCCAUUGCCUCAAAACACAACAUUAAUGUUUGGUAUGAGCCCACAGAUUCCAACAAGGCUUCUAAGCCUUUCAUUUCAGACGCCUGGAAGUCUCUGUCCUAUUCAUCCCCAAACCUGGCAGAGUUGUGCACCAUGAAUAAAACACUUGGUAUCCCAACACCUGAAGUGCUGCCAAGCUCUCUUGACGAGGUGCUGAGUGUAGCCAUGGCUCUCUCACGCCCCCUUCUGGAUCAUCUUCACUGUCUGGUCGUGACUCUCGGGGCAAAUGGAGUGUUGGUGUGUGGAGAGCAUGAUGCCGGCUCAGUCAACCUGCAGCCAAGAAAACAGAAGAGGAAGAGGCAGCUUUGUGCUCUCCACUACCCAUCACUGACUGUAACAGCAGAGGAGACAAUGAAUGUGUCAGGAGCAGGAGAUAGUCUUGCAGGUGCCUUAAUGGCAGGGAUUCUCCAACAGCGAGACACAGACACCUGUGUUCGGAUGGGGCUCCUGGCAGCACGGAUGUCCCUGGCGUCACCUCAUCCCAUUGCCCCCACGCUCACCUUAGACUCAGUGAAUCCCAACAAGGUCCAGGCUCAUUACUGGCCCAAACCCAGCCUCUUGUGGAUAGACUGAUCCUGGAACACUACUGAGUAUAAGAAGAUUAGGUCUGUUUGCAUUGGGUUGGUUAAUACAUUUCUCAGUAUUUUGUCAUUUUAGUUUUAUUCUUGUGAAACCUGCAUUUAACAUAGCAACCUAGUAAAUUAAUUUAGGAAGAUGACAUGUUUUACCAAAACCAUUGAAUCCAAUUUUAUUUGAUAUUUUGUGUUGUUCUAUAAUAGCUGAUCUCUUACAAAAAUGUUUAAAAAAUGAACCACUU